UGCUGGAAGCCCCUUGCAAGCCGGCGAGCGAUCGACGCCAUUUCCUAUCCCAGCGUGUCUCCACGAUACAGCAAAACAAGACGGCCACGAUGGUGAAACUCUUCAUCGGCAACCUGUCCCCGAGCACGACCGCCGAUCAGCUGCGGACGCUUUUCGCUCAGUACGGGGAGGUAACGGAGAGCGACGUGGUCAAGGACUUCGGCUUCGUGCACAUGGACGAGCGCUCUGCUCAGGAGGCCAUCAAGAACCUGCACCACUAUGAGCUGAACGGGAGGCUCAUGAACGUGGAGAUCAGCCGCAGCAAGAAGCAGCAGCAGCAGCUGACGGACCCGGGCCCCCCCUGGGCCACCACCAAGCUCCACGUGGGCAACAUCAGCAGCACCUGCACCAGCCAGGACCUGCGCGCCAAGUUCGAGGCGUACGGCCAGGUGGCCGAGUGCGACAUCGUGAAGGAGUACGCCUUCGUGCACAUGGUGCGGGCCGAGGACGCCAUGGAGGCGAUCCAGGGUUUGGACAACGCCGCGUUUCAAGGCAAACUGAUCAGCGUAAAACUUUCGACCAGCAACCUCAGAACCACGCCAGGCAUGGGAGACCGGAUGAACUGUUAUGUGUGUGGGAGAAAGGGCCAUUGGGCCCAUGACUGCCGAGUGGCUCAGAAAGAUUCCUUCUUGGAUGGUCCUGCGUUCCCCAGGAGCAACGGAUUUGACGGUCCGGGUUUCCGAGGACGUGGCGACCCGGGGUUCAGAAGAGGCGGCCCUGGGGGGCCAGGGUUCGGCAGGGGUGCAGGGUACGGGCCCCGCCCUGCUUACGGAAGGGGUUCAGACUAUGGUCCUGACUCUAGCAGGGUUCCAGGCUAUGGGGGCGGCCCUGAGUCCAGCGGGUACAGAGGUGUCCCUAGAUUUGGGAGAGGUCUCCACCGGGGAAAUGGGGCUGAAGGCUACGGAGGUGUCCAGGUGUACAGCGGUGAGGCAGACUACAGCAGCGGCAGGAGCCUGGGAUACCCACCGACGUGCCCCUCUCCCUACGGGGGGAGAGAAAGCUACAGUGGCGUCGACUUCUAUGAGAAGUUCAGAUCCCGCCCUCUAGAGGAAAGGCACUCCCUCGCCCCACCUCGCCUUCCACCACCUCCUCCUGCUCCCUCCUCCAUGAUGAGAGACCGCCUGUCUGCCUCCGCCCUCGACCCCUAUGAGAGACGCCCCCUGCCCCUCCCGCCGGGUCCCGUCUCCUCCUCCUACUACGCCCGAGAGCGCAGCCCCGUCCGCCGGGCUCCCCCUGUGGCAGAGGGGUACGGUUACGAGCGCUCCCGCCUGUCUCCAGUCUCCUCCCUCUCCAGGAGCUCCCCGUACGAGGCGCCGCGGGCGAGGGACCCCUACGCGGAACGGGCGUGGUACGCUUUUUAGUCUCGGGCGCCACACAAAACAAACAGGUUUGUAUUUGCCGAGGGUGAAGGUGGGAGGGGGGGUGGGGGGGUCCCCGUGUUCCCGGCUCCACGCGACGCGAAGUCUCCCCUCUCGUUUCACGCAGAUUGCUUUCGGCUGCCCCGCGAACAGGAGGGACAGUUGCUCGGACUUGUCUGUGUCUCGUCUCCUCAUGACCUGACCUUGUGAAUUUAUGACCAGUUUUGUCUUUCAUUUUAUUUUCUGUAUUCAGAGGCCACAGAAUUUUUUUAAAUUAUUUUUUUAUAUUUCUUUUGUCUUGGCUUUUUUUUUUUUUCUUUUUUGAGAUUAUUAUUACUUCCGACGCAGGGGGGAACCAAAAAAAACAAAGUUUCCUUUUUUCUUUUUUUCGAAUCUUAGAUUUCAGGAUAUGCUACAAGUUUGUCAUCUUGCAUAAAAAAAUGUAAAAAAAUGAAUGCAGUAAUUUCUCAAAUUUGGGUGGGUGUAUAAUUCAGUACCAACAGUUAACACGCGCUGUGUGUCCUUUGUGGUGUGUGUUUGGUUUUAAACGGAUUGACUACAGUCUGAUAAUUUGCAGUUCUCUUUUUAGUGGGGUGGGGGGGUUCAGAGGCUGGCUUGCUUGGGUGCUGUGAUGAAGGGAGGAGAUAUUUUAUAAUUUUUACAGAACAGAUUGCGUUUUUAAAAUGUCAGUUUCUAAUUCUUGCAGUUCUCAUUGCUGUGAAAGACACCUGCAUCUCUCAAUGUGUCUGGCUUUCUGGAUCCGGCCAGCAUGUAUUGAUCUAAAUACGGGUUUAAAUGUAUUUGGGGGGGGGAGGGGGUCUCCACCCGACUUCCCCUGUCCUGUAGAGAUUUGUUUCAGAGAUGUACAAUGAGGAGAAUCACAACCCAAGCUUCGCAUUCGCUGUGUGCUCGGAAUUCAAAUGGGCAAGUGCUUUUUUUUUUUAUAAAGGUAACAGGAUGACCAUCUUUUUCAAAGAGAAAUAAGAUACCAGCAUUUUUCUUUCUUUCUGUAGCCGGUUUGAUGUUUUUUUUUUUUUUUUUUGUAAAGUUAUUCAACGAACCAAAUGCCUUGCCUGUUUUGGGAAAUUUCUGUUCUGUGUUUUUUCUUUUUUUCGAUUUCCUUCCUUUUGCGCAUUUCCCGGUUCUUUCUUUUGUAAUACUGUCAGUAAAACAAAUAAAUACGCUUUUUAAAAUC